CACGCUGGCGUGGAGGUUUGUGCGCAUGCGCGGUGUGGAGCUGCCGGGAGACGCUGCUCAGGUUGAGAGCGAAGAGUUCCUUCAUCCUGUGGGGAUUUUUUCCGCUGUAAUAUACGUGAUACGGGCGUGUCAUCGCAGCCGAUAUGUUGUCCCGUUCCCGGUGUCUCACAAGCUCUGUCGGUCGCUCUAUCGUUGCCCUCCGACAGAGUAACAAUGUUCUAGCAAGACGAGCUGCUUCAGGCAUAUCGGCUUCUCAGUGUCUCACAAUCAGGAACAAUCUGAAAUAUGAGACGAGGGCCAGUAUUUUCCAGAUUAGAUACUUCAAGACCACUGCACCCCACAGGAAUGAAGUUAUUACUAUUAACACCCCAGCAUUUGCUGAGUCGGUCACGGAGGGGGAUGUGAGGUGGGAGAAAGCUGUGGGAGACACCGUCAAAGAGGAUGAGGUGGUUUGUGAAAUUGAGACCGAUAAGACGUCAGUCCAGGUGCCCUCUCCAGCUGCAGGAGUGAUCGAGGAGCUCCUGGUUCCUGACGGAGGCAGAGUAGAGGGAGGCAAUCCCCUGUUCAAACUGAGAAAAGGAGCCGGCGCUCCCAAGGCAGCUGUUGCACCCGCUCCAGCAGCUGAGGCCCCUGCGGCUGCAGCACCUCCUCCACCUCCUCCUCCUCCUGCUGCUACAGUGGGACCCAUCCCAACCACCAUGCCCCCAGUGCCACCUGUGCCAGCACAGCCUGCCACUUCCAAACCAGUUUCAGACAUCAAAGCCACUGCAGCCCCUGUUGCCCCUUCUACAGAUGCCGGAGCAAAGGGAGCACGCUCAGAGCACAGGGUUAAAAUGAAUCGUAUGAGGCUGAGGAUUGCUCAGAGGCUUAAAGAAGCUCAGACCACCUGUGCCAUGUUGACAACUUUUAACGAGGUGGACAUGAGCAACAUCUCACAGAUGAGGAACGCCUACAAAGAUGCUUUCCUCAAGAAGCACGGCAUCAAACUAGGCUUCAUGUCUGCUUUCGUUAAAGCAGCAGCCUACGCUUUGGUAGACCAGCCAGCCGUCAACGCAGUAAUUGAUGACAUAACCAAAGAGAUUGUAUACCGAGAUUAUGUGGACAUCAGCGUGGCUGUAGCGACACCAAAGGGAUUAGUGGUGCCAGUAAUCAGAGGUGUGGAAGGAAUGAACUUUGCAGACAUUGAAAAGACUAUAAACGAGCUGGGAGAAAAGGCACGUAAGAACGAGCUCGCAGUGGAGGAUAUGGAUGGUGGCACGUUCACCAUAAGUAACGGAGGAGUGUUCGGCUCACUCUUCGGCACACCCAUCAUCAACCCACCGCAGUCUGCCAUUCUGGGCAUGCACGGUAUCUUUGACAGGCCAGUGGCUGUUGGUGGCAAGGUUGAGGUCAGACCCAUGAUGUACGUGGCUCUGACAUACGACCAUCGUUUGAUUGAUGGCAGAGGCAGUUACCUUCCUGCGUAAGAUCAAGUCUGUGGUUGAGGACCCCAGGGUGCUCCUCUUGGAUAUGUGAGAUGUCAUAAUGCACAGAUUAAUGGCUGAAUUUCUCAGACUCUCACACAGUGGUUAUUCCCCCCUCCAGAAAAAAAAUCCUUACUGUGUGGUCAAUGACUAAGGAAAGAAGCCUUUGAAUGUUCAUUUACUCUACAAUAAUAAGAAGGUAAACUUUGAAAUUGCAUGGAUUAGACAGGAGAAAGGCUGAUUCUUGUACAGGUGUCUGUCGGCAUCUUUUUUUUUUUUCCUUCAAGAAGGUGCUCAUGCCAUUCAUAAGUGAUUUUUUUUGCCCAUUGUUUAACUUGAUAUGUAUUCAGUCAAAUGUAUAAGUUAAUCAGAAUAUGUCCAAAUAGUUUUCUGACUGGUAUAAAAAGCACACAGUAGUACACAGAAUCUCAUAUUACACACUUUGUGUUUUCAAGAGGUAGUGAUCCACCAGCUGACCAGCAAACUGUUGUACUGUACUGUUCACAAUGUCAGCAUACCUUUUUCUUUUUAACACACACUUUGGUACAUACUUGUGUUUACAGUAUGGCCCUUAAACAACGUCAAGAUCAGUCAAACUCAUUGGGAAAACUAUUCUGUCUAUGCCGUGUAAAGAAAGAACUAUUUAAAGAGGAAAAAGCUUUUAAACAAUAAAUGGAUGAAAAUCA